UGCAACAGAUAUAAAAAGACUAUAUGAGGCGAAAGAAGUCUUCUGGGAACCCCCGUACCCUGGAGACACAGUGAGUGACACCCGCACCGGGAACUGGCCCCUCGGCUCUGUCACUGUCUCCAGCGAGGCUUGGAAUAAGUCUCCUCAUAAGCUCCUCUGGCAUCUGAAGCCUCCUCAGUGCUCUGAGACAGUCUGAGAGGGACAGCAAAAGUGCUGUAUGGGCCCUACUGCCAGUGUGACCUCACCCUCUCCAGUGCCCCCUUCUCGGUGCCAGCUAUGAGUCCCUGCAACUUUACACAUACCACCUUUGUGCUUAUUGGUAUCCCAGGACUAGAAGAAGCUCAUUUCUGGAUAGGCUUCCCCCUGCUUUCUAUGUAUGCCGUGGCAGUGUUUGGAAACUGCCUCGUGGUCUUCAUCGUGAGGACAGAGCACAGCCUGCACACUCCCAUGUACCUCUUUCUCUGCAUGCUGGCAGCCAUUGACCUGGCCUUGUCCACAUCCACCAUGCCCAAGAUCCUUGCCCUCUUCUGGUUUGAUUCCCGGGAGAUUACCUUUGAUGCCUGCAUGGCCCAGAUGUUUUUUAUUCACGCUCUCUCAGCCACUGAGUCCACCAUCCUGCUAGCCAUGGCCUUUGACCGUUAUGUAGCCAUCUGCCAUCCACUGCACCAUGCUGCCGUGCUCAACAAUAUGGUGACAGCCCAGAUCAGCAUGGUGGCCAUGGCCCGUGGAUUCCUCUUCUUUAUCCCUCUGCCUCUGCUCAUCAAACGGCUAGCCUUCUGUUACUCCAAUGUGCUCUCACAUUCCUACUGUGUGCACCAGGAUGUAAUGAAGUUGGCCUAUGCAGACACACUGCCCAACAUGGUCUAUGGUCUUACUGCCAUUCUGCUGGUCAUGGGUGUGGAUGCUCUGUUUAUCUGUUUGUCCUAUUUUCUGAUUAUACAAACAGUUCUACAACUGCCAUCCAAGUCAGAGCGGGCCAAAGCCUUUGGAACCUGUGUGUCACACGUUGGUGUGGUACUGGCCUUCUAUGUGCCUCUCAUUGGCCUCUCAGUGGUGCACCGUUUUGGAACCAGCCUUGAUCCCAUUGUUCAUGUUCUCAUGGGUGAUGUCUAUCUACUUCUGCCUCCUGUCAUCAACCCCAUCAUUUAUGGUGUCAAAACCAAACAGAUCAGGACUCGGAUGCUAGCUGUGUUUAAGAUCAGCUGUGACAAGAACUUUCAGGCUGUGGGAGGCAAGUGAUCCUUACCACUCCUCUUACUCUUAUCCUUAAUGACUGGAUAUAAUGAUUUCCUAAGCUGGCUUAAUCCCAGUUGCCCAUAAGCACAUCAGUGCUUUUCUCUG